AUGGCAGAACGCGGUAGCAGAACCGAAUUACAGUACCGCCAGUCGAACGACCUAGAUCAUGUACCAUCCGAGGACUGGAUCAUCCAGCUAGAAAACGUCACCGCAAUCUGGUAUGGACGUAUCGACGAAUACAUCCGCACGGUCAAUCGACCCCCUUCAGCCGUGCCCAGCAAUCCAUCCGUCCGAAGCAGGCAAAGCAUCCGGAGCAAUACGACGUGGCUCGACCCAAACCAUCCUGGAGCUUUUCAGCAACGAGAAAAUGAAAAUCCCUUCGACGACCGAGCCUCAGCUUCAAUCAGCGAAAUACACGAUUUGCCGUCGGACAUUGAAUACGAAGAUGAUUUAAGACAGCGGCUGGAUGACGAAAGAUUGGCGAGAGAAGAUUUAGAAAGAAGAUUGCAACAGCUACAGACAGAUAUGGCAGCGAAAGAAAAAGUCGGUCCUGAAAACGAAGACAAUGCCGCCACCGCAGCAUUGACAGAAGAAUUACAAAACCUCCGGCUACAGAUGAAUCAAUGGAAGCAGAUCCAGGAUGCAGAAAUGGCAAACCGCAUCAAGCUGGAAAAGUCCUUACGGGGCGACAUCGAAAAACAAAAAAGAGAAUUGGAAGAAAAAAAACUCGCCCGUCAGACUGAAAAGUAUCGGUACGAACGGGAAAAAGAAAGCGACUGGGACAAAUUUAGGUCCGCCGUCGACGAGCGUUUUGCGCAACAUAAUGAGGCGACAUCCACCAACAAAGCAGCGCACAACACGGAAUCACAUGGACAGCACCAAGGAGCAAGACCCAAGAAACCACCAGCCUCCGCGGGCAACCGAGGUUCCGGUCCGCCACCUUACACGGAAGAUGACGUUUCAAUCUACGCGGAAUCAGUACAGUCGUCUCAUCAAGACAAAGAUAGCGAUGGAAAUAAUUGGUCGUUCAAUCUGAAUGGCAAAGAAGAUCGACAACCAACAGGAAUUCAUGGCUCGGCGCAUUCCGUCUUUCGUCUCCCAAAGAUGGACCUCAAGCCGUUUGACGGCGAUCCGAAGAAUUGGCAAGACUUUAUCGCCAUUUUUCGUGAUUUGGUUCACAAUAAUUCCAGUCUGACAACGACUCAAAAAAUGGCCAUUCUCAAGCGCUGUCUGACCAGCGAAAUACGCGACGGACUUGGUGAUUCACUGAGCAGUCCGGCUUUGUACCAAGAGGCAUUACAAGAGCUGGAAUCAACAUACGGACAUCCCCAGAUCGUGUCGAGGACGUACAUUCAGUCCCUAAUUCAGCUCCAGCGAGUAAGCGCGAAUGAUUACAAGGCGUUAUUGAAAUUUUCGCAAGCUGUAAACGGGGCAGUAGCCUCGCUGAGAAGCGGCGGCUACCAACACGAAUUAAAAUCAUCCGGCCUUUUGGACAUCAUCGUAACCAAGCUCCCUUCCGAGGUACAAAGCAGGUGGGGGAGACAAAUCGUGAAGAAUAACCCUGUCAGUCAAACACUCCAAGACUUUGCUACCUGGUUCAGCAAGUUCGUCAAAGGCGAAAUGAUGGCAAAGCACAGUCAGAUUUCUCUGACACCAAUCACGCCAGCAAAACCGAAAAGCGGAUCAAAACCGGGCCGGCAGCCCGACAACAAAUCCGGUUUUUCACCGACUAUAAACGCAGUCACGCAUCCAGCGACCUCCGGCGGAUCAUCAUCGUCAAAAUCGAAGACGGUGCAGCAAGCGGAGGCGCCUCCAAAGAAGCUUAUUUGCCUCCUAUGCAAAGGCGACCACCGCCUGGGACAGUGCAAGACUUUCGUAGAAAUGUCGCUCGAAGAAAGAAUAAAAAUCAUCAAAGAAAAUGGAUGCUGUCUCCGAUGCUUAAGCAAAGGACACAUGAGCAAGGACUGCACAAGCCGGAAGAAAUGCAUCAUCAACAAUUGCGGUCAACCGCAUCACUCAUUGUUACACGACGCUCCGCGCUUGGCCCCAACCGAACCAAAAUCAAUCCUAAAACCAGAGAAGACAGUCACGCUACCCUUAAAUGUAGCGACAGUCUCCGUCGACGACGACGAAUCAUGCACGGUAAUGCAAAUAGUACCGGUCACCCUCGAAGCGGACGGAAAAACAUUAGAAACGUUUGGAUUCCUCGAUCCGGGAAGCCAAACGACUUUGAUUUUAGAUCGCGCUUCAGAACAGCUCGACCUCGACGGCGAUGAAGAAAUGAUAAAGCUAGGAACGUUUCAUGGAGACGACCCGACCAUCAAAAUGAAGAAAGUUAAGUUCAACAUCCAACCAAGAGACGGAAGCCGAUCGUUUCCUGUAAAAAAGGCGUUUUCUGUUCCCAAGCUUAACAUCAACGCCCAGCAGAUUGAAUGGCCAGUCACAAAGCGUGAAUGGGGCUAUCUUCAAGACGUGGACCUGCAGUAUAUCGACACCAACAACGUGACCAUCCUAAUAGGCAGAGACGUUAUGCGCGUCCAUGAUGUACUGGAGCAUCGCAGUCCACCCGACGGAACCGAAGCGCCAGACGGAAUCUUAACUCAUUUUGGAUGGAGCAUCGCAGGUCCCGUUCCAGAGUCACUUCUGAAGCGACAAACUUAUCGGCCCAUGUCAGUUAUGCACAUUUCACGUCAACAAUCCGACGAGUCCUUAAAUGAAGCUGUCCAGCGGUUCUGGAGAACGGAAUCGUACGGCGUCGGACUUUCUUCUCAUCAAAACCUACCACCCGAUGAUCAAAAAGCGCUUCGCAUCCUCCAAGAUACCAUCCGGUACACUGGCGAGCGCUACGAAGUCGGAUUAAUGUUAAAGAAUCCGGAAUUAAAUCUUCCGAACAACGCCGAAGUCGCCUUCCGUCAUUUCGCGUCAUUGGAGCGCCGCUUUAAAAAGGAUCCGGCGUUUGCUAAGAGUUAUGCGGCCGUCGUCAACGAGUACAUCGCGGCCGGCCAUGCAAAAUUAGUCGUCCCCAACUCUCCUUUCACUCGCGGACAUGUAUGGUAUCUGCCGCACCAUGGAGUCACAGCGGCAAGCAAGCCCGGAAAAGUUCGGGUAGUUUUCAAUCCGUCGGCGCGCUUCCGCGGCACAUCAUUAAAUGAAGAGCUGUACAAGGGUCCGGAUUUACUAACUUCUCUCAUCGGAGUAUUAUUGCGCUUUCGGCUGCACCCAUGCGCAAUUUCUGGCGACAUUCAGAAAAUGUACCAUCAGGUACAAGUGCCAGAACAUCAACAAUCAUUAUUGCGAUUUAUCUGGAGAGAACCAGGCAGCACGGAAGACCCACAAACAUUUCAGAUGACCGUUCACGUCUUCGGAGCUGUCUCCUCACCGACAAGCUGCAUUUAUGCUCUGCGACGGACCGCCGAAGACUUUGGACCCCAAUACCCAGGAGCCGCUGAGAAAGUAUUGAAGAACAUCUACGUAGAUAAUUAUCUGGAUUCAGCCAACACUGAAGCCGAAGCCAUCGCCCAGCGCCAGGAAGUAACCGAUCUUCUCAAGCACGGAGGAUUCAAUAUGGUGCAAUGGAUGUCAUCGUCCCGUCCCGUGUUGGCCUCUGUCAAUCAGGCUGAUCGAGCAAGAGCGCUGGAUAUCACCACCGAUCCUUUGCCCGUCGAGCGCACCCUCGGAAUUCUUUGGGAUUGCCAGGACGACGCGUUUACGUUUAAUUCCAACACUCGACUCGAUGUCAAAACGAAGAGGCAAGUCCUGCAAGAGAUCGCCUCGAUCUUCGAUCCAUUGGGAUUUCUUGUCCCAAUCGUGAUGGUAGCAAAAAUCUUGAUGCAAGAUAUCUGGCGAUCCGGAGUCGAAUGGGACGAUCAGCUCCCACAGGCCCUUCUCGAUGUUUGGAAGCGGUGGGUCGCUGACCUUCCCGCCAUCUCAACCCUGAAGAUUCCCCGAUGCUUUCGUCGAUCGACCCUGCCGUCGGAAUAUCAACUGCACGUCUUCACGGAUGCCUCGGAAUUAGGAUUUGCCGCUUGCGUAUUUCUUCGCGCGUCUUACAGCGAAUCCCAUGUUGGCCUCACUCUGAUUAUGGCAAAAUCAAGAGUCGCUCCUCUCCGCCAACUGUCAAUUCCGCGGCUGGAACUUCAAGGCGCAGUUCUCGGCGCCCAAUUAUGUGCCACCGUCAUCAAGGAUCUUGGCCCGGUCGCAUCCGCCGUUUAUUAUUGGUGCGAUUCACAGACAGUGCUACAAUGGAUACACUCGAAAACGUGUAAAUACCACGCCUUUGUCGCCCAUCGAGUGACAGACAUUCUGGAUAAAAGUGAAGCGACUUAA